UUUCGGAAAAGUUUUGUCGGAAGCUCAGUACUUUCUGUCACAGAUCAUAAAAGCCAUAGAUGACAUAAUAAUGGACGAUAACACAGGACUCGAUGAUCUGGAUGGCAUCAAGUGCAAAUUGCAAAUUUGCGAUGGACUUCUCGCUUUUUGGAAGAAAUGCGUGGAACGCGUUUCUGCCCUCGAAAAGGUUCAAGCUGCCUACGUAGCAUCGUUAUGCAAUAUUUUACCAGAAACGACGAGAAUGAUUUUUGAACAUUGCAAAACCAGUCCAAAAUAUGGAGCGCUAUUGGACGGUGUGAUGCAAGAAUUGAAGAAUCUGUUUGCAAAAGCAAGCGAGGUCUUCAAGCUAUUCUUUGCCACUUUGAACGGCGUAAUCGUCUUCGACACGGACGUGCAAUCGGAAACGGAGCUGUUGACGAAAGUGGUCGAUGCUUACGGUAACAUUGCUUCUAUUGCGAAUGGAAUGGAUACUAAGACAUUUGUUGAGUUAUCCGAAGCAUUCUCCAAGCUGGCCAUUGUUUAUCAGAACGAAAUUAAAUCAAACAACAUCAUGACAUGUCUCAUUCAAAUGGCAAAGGAUACGUCUUGCCUUUUUUCUGUUAUCAAGGAUCAGAAUGAUAAGAGCGCAGAACGAAAUGUAAUAGUUGCUAUGCGCUUGCUAAGAAUCCUUGAGAAAUUAACAUCAUCUUACGAUGCCUCUCUCACUCAUGAAAUGACGUCAAACUUAAUAGAACUUCUGACACGAAUGCACGGAUACUGCUGCUUAACAAAAGGUAGCGAGAAAAUCUUGGCCGGCGCUGCGUCUUUUUUGAAUAUAAUUUUUAAUCAUACUGAUUUUAAACAGGUAUAUUUUGAAUACGGAAAGCAAAUUGUUCCAUGUAAUCAGUAUAUAGAUAGAUUAAAUUAUCAUUUACUAACGAUUGCUAUCAUGAAUAAAUUGAAUAGCAUUCCAUAUGAACAUCACUGUAAAUGGUUUUUAGGCUCAGAUUCGAUUUUGGAUGUUGCUUUCACAUUUAUAGAUUAUCUUGAAGAAGAAAUUUGCGCUGAAGAUUUACGACUGUCAAGCGUUUGCGGGAUUGGCGAACGAAUACGUUUCGUUAGUAUUUAUGAGGCAACUUUGGUAUCCGUUUGCAAUUUGGCCAGUCAGAUUCCCCCGGAAGGCUUUCAUGCUCUCGAAUUGUUUCUACUAAAACAUUUACUGUCUGAUCAUUUUUGGAGUUCCCUAUUAAGCUCGGAUGUUUGGUGCUUCAUUGGCAGACUUGGCUCUUCACAAUUGUGCGUCGAUCAUAUUAAACAUCUGAUUAAAAUUUCCGCCGCCUUGGUAGAACGACAUAACAGCAUAGAAGCAAUUAUGCUAGAUAACAUGAUCAUCAGAUUGUACGAUUUACUAAACGAAGACAUGAAAUCCACUUUGAUUGAUAACCUUAUCGAUCUGGAUACGGAUUAUCCUUCUAUCCUGUAUUUGUUAAUGGCAGAGACCAAAUUUCUUUCAUCGGAACGAUUAAAGCAUAAAAUCGAAGAUUUACCGAAGGCUUUCUUAGAUUUGCAGGAACAUCCUUCUACUUGUAAUUGGAAACGACUUAAGCAGAUCUUGUCCGUUAUGAUAGCAGUGAAUUACAAUGAUAACGAAGAUGUUAUUAACGUUUUAACUAAAAUAUGGAGUUUCGUUGCAGAUGCGAUUAUUGACUGCGAAGACAAACAUCUGGAUCUACUGUCUGAUUUAAUUGUUAUUUUGCUAGACGCUACUCGUUUCAAGCAUCUUCAUGAUGACAGCUUUUGUAUGAUUCUUACGUCUGUCACAACUGUAGGCGUUUAUCUACCGCCUCAAGGCAAAAUCAAGAUCUGUCAUUUUCUGCGACAGAAUGUUGAGAGUCUUAGUCAUUGCAGUGUUUUAAGCGUUACAUCUACUUUGAUUGAAUUGUUUAGUUAUUUACUAGAAGAUAAGGAUCCUUGGGUAUGCCAAGAAGCUCUGGAGACCUUUGAGGACGUAGGACAUAUGUGUUUGGAGCAACUAGUCGCUGAAAUAGCGAAGGCUUUAGCAAAGAUACCCAGCAUCAGCGAUAUUAUGCAAGCCUACUUAUCCUUGAGACCAUACUAUAAUUUUAAGAGUUUUACGGACAUACAAGAUUAUCUUAGAUAUUUGGCUAAAGCUGUUCAAAAUCAUGACGAUGAGCACAAAUGCCAUGAGUACAUUGAAUCCGAGAGAAAAGACAAGAUGCCGAAAUUGGAGGAGGGGAAAAACUCGUGUGAAAUCAUCGUGCCAAUGUUAAUACAGUUGGACGGACAAGCAGAGAUGCUGUACAAAGGAUUGAUAAAGGUUUUAGAAGAUCAGGCUGUUAUCAGCGAGGCGAUGUGCAGGAGAUUGAUAACCAUUCUUGAAAAAAUUCUUCGAGUCCAGGAAAACAAAAAUUCCCAGAACUGAUAGUUCGUCUUUGCGAUAUAUUAUAAAAAUGGAUAGUCUUUUUAUCAGUGAUAAAGAUGAAGCAACAGCUUAUCAAAAUAGUAAUAAAGUAAUUGGA